CUUUCCCCUUUUCCUACUAGCGGUUUUACGAUAUCGACGGCAAAAUGCCUAUCUCCUAGCCCCAGCGUCGCAUACAAGAUUUGCGGGGCGCGUAUCUUCAAUGUCCAGGAAUAUGGAAAUAUGAGUGCGAUUAAAUGAUAAAUCGGGUUGUACAAUACCUCUUCCCCGUCUUACCUUAGGUGCUCUUCUUUGCUUUUCCUGAUGAUUUGGUUCUUCAAUUAGCAGAUCCCGCAUUACGCCUUGCCUUAGAGCAAUAGUAAACAUCAUGGAUGCACCCGAAAAUAUCAGUCCGCCGACUAGUGCUCCCUUUGAUAAAACAGUCAGCGAUGAUGCGAAUCUCGAGCAUCUAGGUUAUGAGCAGGAACUGCACCGUUCCUUCUCACUCCUUGGCAUGAUCGGCUUCUCUUUUAGCAUCGUCACAUGUUGGAGCGCGCUAGGAGGUACCCUGAUAGUAGGAAUCGUCUUAGGAGGACUAUAAGUGAUGAUAUAUGCCUGGAUCGGCGUAUCUCUCUUCUCAUUAGCGGUGGCAUACUCCUUCGCUGAAAUGUGCUCGGCAUAUCCAGUCGCCGGCGGGCAGUACUCGUGGGUAGCAGUUUUAGCUCCGAGCCGAUGGGCUCGCGGUAUGUCCUGGGUAACGGGUUGGUUUAUGCUCGUUGGACUCAUCGCUAAUGGCGCUGUGAACAACUUCAUCGCCGCCAACUUUAUCCUCGGCAUGGCAAACCUGGCGAACCCGGAUUAUGUUAUCGAGCGGUGGCACACUGUGUUGAUCACUUACUUCAUUAUCCUCACCGUGGGAAAUGUCAAUAUCUUCGCCCCGAGAGCCAUGAACAAGAUCACGCAGGUUAUUCUAGUGUGGAACAUCGUAUCCUUUUUCGUCAUCGUUAUCACGAUGGUCGCCACGAAAAAAGAGAAACAGACGCCGUCGUUCGUCUUUCAGGAGUUUCGUAAUGAUACUGGGCUGUCUGCUCCCCUCGGCGUAAUUGCUGGUCUGUUACAGACGUUCUAUUCGAUGUGCUGCUAUGAUGCUCCUGCACAUAUGACGGAGGAAAUGAGGAAUGCCUCGCGGGAUGCGCCAAAGGCUAUCAUCGCCGCCGUAGGGUUGGGCGCGGUGACCGGAUUCUGUUUCUUGAUUGCGGCGUAUUUCUGCAUUGGAGAUAUCGAUGCUGUCGCUAAUAGCUCUACUGGUGUGCCGUUGAUCCAGAUCAUAUACGACUGCACAGGAUCUGUGGCCGGGACCUGCUUCCUAUCAAGCUUGAUCACGGUCAUCCUCUUGGUCUGUGCUAAUAGUAUUAUGGCGGAGGGCUCACGCGCUCUUUGGGCUUUCGCUCGUGAUAACGGGCUCCCCUAUUCGAAGGCAAUCAGCAGCGUCCACAAGAAAUUUCAAGUGCCGGUAGUAGCCAUUAUCAUCUGCAUGGUGAUCCAGGCAGCUCUCAACACCAUUUAUAUCGGCACAUACACAGGCUUCAACACCGUUAUCUCGAUCGCAGCAGAAGGCUUCUACGUCUCCUACGCCAUACCCCUCCUCUCGCGCCUUAUAUCACACUUCAGCGGCGCACCGGUUCGGCUGCAGGGAGGUCACUACAGCCUUGGUCGGUGGGGUGUUCCCCUCAAUAUGAUCGGUGCUGUCUACCUUCUUUUCGCCGCCGUGACGUUUAAUUUCCCCAGCGCUGCCCCGAUCGAUUCGCAGAACAUGAAUUAUUGCUCUGCCGCCGUUGGCCUUGUCAUGCUCAUAUCCGCCGUGACCUGGUUCACGGGCGGACGCAAAAAUUUCACUAUGCCCCUAUUGGAGGAGAUACCCGAACGCGUUGACGAUAAAGAAGCUAAGGGUAUAGAUGGGAAGAGUAGAUAAAUUGGCAUGUUAUGUUUGUGAGAGACACGAUUCUGGUAGUUUAUACCGGGAGCUACCGAGUAAUUAAACCUUGUCGGCGGCUAGACCCGGAGCUAAUCACGAGCGGUUUGGGGCGGCAGAAUGGAUAAUGAUAAUAGUG